CGGGCUGUUGGUUGACAGGACUCGUCGCGGGGCUUUGCAGCGGCAACAGCGGCCAGACUGGACGUAUGACUUCGAGGAAGUUACAGGCUGCCUGGGCACUUUGACCACGACUGCAAUCGACGAAAAAUCCUGCUAUGUUACACCACAACAGUGGUGAAGAGGGGAACAGCAUUCAUGGACACUGUGGAGACUUUGAAUCAUUUGAUUCCCAGUGACCAGUUGGACUCUCUGGGGACUGGACAAAAUCUGGAAUGUGAAGCAAGAAAUGAGUUUGGAACCGGUAUCCUGCUGGAAGAUUCACUGACAAACAUGUUGAGUGACAAAGAUCCAAUGUUUGGAUCGGCAAGCUCUCAAUUUAAUCCAUUGGAAAAUGAUGAGGGCAAUUUUUUGAUUGCUGGUGCUACAGGUCUCGAUGGCAUCAGUGGGAAGUUGCCGAGUCCACCGGCUCCCCGUUCUGUCGGAAGGCCCCGGAAACAUCCGCGCGUCACACCCUCGGCAACGGUCGCCCCCAAGACUUCAACCGCUCCGACCGCUUCACCCGUCACCCCGAAACCCCGCGGAAGGCCCCGCAAAAAACCGACCAACCGGCAGCUGACGUCGUUUCUGAUCGAGAAGGGCGUGCAGGGCCCCCAGCUGAAGAAGGAGCUCUGCCUGGGGGGCCGCGUCCACGUCCAGGAGCUCGACGCAGGGCCGUGGCUGAGCCCCAUGGUGGUGCUGCGGAGGCUGACCGUCACGGUGGGGGGCUUCAGGAUCGAGCUGCUCCCGGGGCCCUCGUACGGCACCGCGGGCGAGGGUGAGGGCGCCGCCGCUGCCGGCCAGCCGGUGAGCCUUCAGGAGGGUUUGACCUCCGGCGGUGACGGGGCCGUCGCGGCCGACACCAAGGAAGACGACGCCACGGUGCCGAGUAACGUCACGGCUCCGAAUCCGACCGCGGAGAACCAGGUUGGCUCGGGGGGCGUCGAAGGAGCACUCGGUCUGGGCCCGUACGUGAACCCCAACGACGUUCAGGCCACCAACGGCGCCCCCGCGCCAAAGUCCUGCUCAGAAGAGACCAAGGUUGACAUCGGGAGCGACUCCGCCAAGCAGACGCCAUGCGCUAAGGGGAAAGAUAUCGUCAAGCCGACUGAGAGCCCUCCGAACAACACCACCGGCUCUACUGACAAGCUGAACUGUAAGGACAAGCUAAAGCUUUUCGCCAAAGCGAUGUUUAAACCUAAACCCAGGCUGCCCACGGUUAAGAACAAGAGCUUGGUUUCCCGUAGACCGAAGAGCCUGAUUCAAGGGCCGAACCCUGCCCCGAGCUCUCCCACUAAGCCCCCCCAGAGAGACGACGUCCCGGCCAGCGCCAAAUCUCCCAAGAAGGGAGCGGUGUCACUGAAGAGACCCGGAGAGAUCUCCCACCCUGAGCACGCCUCCAAAGUCCCAAAGGUCCAGACCGGGAAACCCGUCAACCCGAAGCCCAAGUCCCCGGGUCCCUCAAGCGCCGCUCCGGUGAAGAAGGCACUGUCGUGUGACGGCCCCGCGGACCCCCCCCACAACGCCCCCAAGAACACCCUCAACGCGCACAACCCAAAGCACGAACGUCCCCCGCCGUCGCUGGGGUCCCCGGGGCCUUCCUCCAGACCCCCGGAGGACGCAGGGCCGGAGAAGGCCAGGGGCAAGAGGCCCGACAAGCUCCUCCAGAGGCAGAAGAGUCGGACGCCCCGGACCCCCUCCACGGAGGAGCCGCCGCUGUUUGUGCCGGACAACGCGCCGGCCGCCGCCGCCGCCGCUGCCGCCGCCGCCGCCACCAAGAAGGAAGCGGACGACGAGCCGCCGGCGGAGAGCGCCUGGGACGGAACCAACAGCUGCGGCCUGUGCAAGAAGCACCACGGCAACAUGUUCAUGGUGGGUUGCGGUCGCUGUGACGACUGGUUCCACGGCGACUGCGUGGGCCUGGACCUGGCCAAGGUGCAGGAGAUGGAGGACGAGGACCAGAUGUACGUGUGCCUCAAGUGCUGCGCCGACGAGAGCGUGAAGGCCGAGCCCGACGUCCAGAGCGCCGCCAAACGCCCGCCGCCGCCCGAGGUAGAGUCUGCGCCCGUGCCCGAGGCCGUGGGCCACACCCCGGCCGCCAAGCCCAGGCAAGGCCCAGGCCCGGCGCAGGCCCUGGCCUCCGGCGCCCUCCGGCCCAUGAAGAAGGAGUCUGAUCGAAAACAGUCCACAGAGGUAAAAGAGUCUACGCACAAAACGGGUCAUCCAAAACACAAGGGUUCCUCCUCGGCUCCGAAGAAACCCGCUUCUGUCGAAGAAAUCCGAAGAAGUGUGCGAGACUCUCUGAAGGAAAUCCUCUUGCAACGGCUCAAGGAGUCGGACUUGAAGAUGGCGGUGGAGCGGGCCUCCGAGGUGGCCCGGAAGACAGAGAGGGAGCUCUUUCAUUUGUACAAAGACACCGACAGCAAGUACAAGAGCAAGUACCGGAGCCUGAUGUUCAACCUCCGGGACACCAAGAACAACGUGCUGUUUCGGCGGGUUUUGAAAGGGGACAUCUCUCCCGCUAAUCUGAGUCGCAUGAGUCCUGAAGAGCUGGCCUCUAAAGAGCUGGCCGCUUGGCGCCAGAGAGAGAACCGCCACGCCAUCGAGAUGAUUGAGAAGGAUCAGCGCGAGGCAGAGAGGCGGCCAAUCACCAAGAUCACCCACAAGGGAGAGAUCGAGAUCGAGAGCGAGGAGCCGGCGAAGACAGUCGAGGUGCCUGAGAGUCCCUCCCCCACCAAGCUGCUGGAUCUGGCGGCCGACCUCCUCCCCCUGGAGCUGAAGGCGGAGAGCUGCGCCAAUGUGGAUAAAGACACCACCGGGCAGCACAAGUCUCACCUGUUCGACCUCCACUGCAAGAUCUGCACAGGUCGCAUGGCUCCGCCCGUGGAAGAGGCCCCCACCAAGGUGGUGAAGGUGUCCACGAGGGUGGCCCGCAGGCCGUCUGCCGCCGUGGAGGGGGCCGCCAAGGGCGUCACCAUGACGACCACGACGACGGCGGCGGCAAAGGAGGAGGACCUGGAGGCGAGCCUCCGCAACACGGUGUCCAGCGGCCACGAAGCACGGUCAAACUACAGCUACGCGUCGGCUAAAGACGAGGGUGUCUCCUUCCUGUCCACGCUGCAGUGCAUGUGGAGGGGCUUCGUGAACAUGGCCGCCGUGGCCAAGCUGGUCACCAGAGCCUUCCCUGUGUCCGGCGUCCUCGACCACCUGACCGAGGAUCUGCCAGACAACGUUCAGGUGGGCGGCAGGAUAAACCCUCAGCUGGUGUGGGACUACUUUGACAAGAUCCGAGCGACUGGGACCAAAGAGGUGUGCCUCAUCCGCUUCUGCCCGGAGACUGAGGAGGACGAGAUCUCCUACACUCUCCUCUUUGCUUACUUCAGCAGCCGAAAGCGCUUUGGCGUGGUCUCCAACAACCUCAAGCAGGUCAGGGACAUGUACAUCAUCCCCCUGGGGGCCACCGAGAAGGUCCCGCACCAGCUCGUGCCCUUCGACGGUCCAGGCCUGGAGAACAACCGGCCCAACCUGCUACUGGGGCUGAUCAUCCGCCAGCGUGCCCGGCGUGACUUCCUCCCCGUGGACGCUAACGAGGCGGCCGCCAUCAUCCCCGAGACUCCGCCCCCGCCGGCGCCCGCCGCGAGCACCCGGCUCCCCGCGGCGGCGGCGGCGGAGGAAGAGGAGGAGGAGGAGGCGGCCGCCAAGAAGUACCUCUCCUCCCUCAUCCCCACCAAGAAGCCCCGAGAGGCGGAGCAGCCGGCCGGCGCUCCCAAGGCGGCGGAGGAGAAGGCGGAGGAGCCGGAGGCGGAGCCUGCGGGGGACGAGGCGUCGCUGGACGAGGAGGGCGAGCCCGGGUCGGACUCCUACAAGCCGCUGCGCUUCCUGCCCGGCGUGCUGCUGGGCUGGGGCGGGGAGCUGCCGCCCCUGCCGGACUUCAGCGCCAAGCCCCCCCCCGCGUUGGAGGACCCCGGGGCCGUCAAGCCGGCCGUCAAGAGUCCCACCACCCGCUUCGUCAUCAGGAAGAGGGAGGCUAAGCCGGGGGCGGCGCCCGGCGCGGCCGACACGAACAACCGACCGGCGGCGGCGGCGGCGGCGCCUCAGCGCGUUCUGCACGGGAUGGGCGUCGCCGCGUGGCCGGGGGCCGGGGUCUCGCUCCGGGAGAAGCCCCCCGGGGUCUCCACCGAGGCCUACCUCGCCAGUCUGUCCUCGUCGCCCCCUGCCAGGAAGGACGUCCCCGCCGCCGCCGCCGCCGCCGCCGACCCCAGGAGGGAAAGCGCCGAAGGAACUUUAUCGCCGCCGGCCAAACCCGCGACGGAGAGCCCAAAGGCGCCCCUGAGCGGCAUCCUGAAGAAGUCCUCCGUGUACACGACGGGGGGGGAGGAUAACGGGCUGCAGCCGACGCCCGCCACCCCGACGUCGCUGCCCGCUCCCGCGCUGAGCAGCGGUCAGAACCAGGCCUGUGGCGGUCUGAACCAGGCCAGCAGUCUGAACCAGGCCAGCAGCGGUCUGAACCAGGCCAGCAGCGGUCUGAACCAGGCCAGCAGCGGCCUGAACCAGGCCAGCAGUCUGAACCAGGCCGGAAGUCUGAACCAGGCCAGCAGCGGUCUGAACCAGGCCAGCAGUCUGAACCAGGCCAGCAGUCUGAACCAGGCCAGCAGCGGUCUGAACCAGGCCAGCAGUCUGAACCAGGCCAGCGGUCUGAACCAGGCCGGCGGCGGUCAGAACCAGGCCGGCGGCGGUCAGAACCAGGCCGGCGGCGGUCAGAACCAGGCCGGCGGCGGUCAGAACCAGGCCGGUGGUCUGAACCAGGCCGGCGGCGGCGGUCUGAACCAGGCCGGCGGCGGCGGUCUGAACCAGGCCGGUGGUCAGAACCAGGACAGCGCAGGCUCCCAGCCCGCGGUCUCUCCCCUCCCCCAGGCGGGGGUCCCGUCCUGGGUGGCGGUGGGGGGCUUCAGCGGCAGCAGCUCUCCCAGCGAGCAGACGAAGGAUCCCCGCGUGCCUCAGGCCGCCCCCACGGCGCCCGCUGGGCCGCAGGGGGCGGGCCCCGAGCUGCCGAGGGACCAGCUCCAAGGCGUCCCAGCGGCCCCCACCUCCAACAGCGGCCCCGACCGUGACGUCGCCCCCGGCGCUCCUCCUCAGGGGCCCGACGACCACGGCGACGGGUCCCGUCUGAAACCCGAGGAGGACCCGGCCCUCCUCAGCCCCCCCGCCUCCCUCGCCCCCCCCUCUCUGCUGCAGGAAGCCCCCGCCCAGCCGGCCGGCCCCCCCUCCCCCCCCCUCCCCCUCCCCCUCCACCACCACCGGCAUCAAGGACUACAAGCGGCCAGAGGACCGCUACAGCGACCCCUGGGAGAGGCCCCGGCACGCCGAGGACCGCGACCGGGACCACCGCGACCACCGCGACCGCGACCGCCACCACCGGGGUCACAGCGGCGACAAGAAGGGGCGGCACCAGGACCGGCACCGCGAGCGCAGCCGGCACCGCGGCCACUCGGAGGAGCGGCGGAAAGAGCGUCACCGUGGCGACGAGCACGGGGGGCGCCACAAGGAGCGCCACAGACACAGGCGGGACUCGGACCACGACAACGGCCGGCGCAGCUCCCGGGACAGCCACUCAUGAGUCUGGGGGCUUUUAGUUCCGUUUAUUUUUUUAAUCUACACACUAGUGUGCAGCUGUUCCCGUGCCAUUUGUGUCCCGUUUUGUUUUUAUUUUUUUUAUGAUAAACAUUCCCUGUUUUAACCGUUCUUUCCGGUACGACGACAAGAUAGACCGACCGAGAGAGUCCGUGGAUUCUCCCGACGCGUUUGAAGUGCGUGACUACGUUUCUCUACACAUUCAUAUUUUUAAAAAAAAGUACCUUUCUUUUAAAAUGUGUUUUGUCUGUCGGCUGUUGACGUCUACACUAACCACACAGACGCUAAAUGUUUUUUCUUUCCCCGACCCUUUUUUUAUUCAUGUGUUCAAAGAAGUAUAAACCAACAGCACAAUUGCAGAAUAUGAAUUGAUAGCUCGUUUUUCAGCAGACGCUUACAAAUAUUUGGCAUGAAUGUAACAACUAAAAAAAGGGCGGAAAAAUGUAAACCGCAGUUGUAUUUUCUUUUUUUUUCAAUUUUAAAAAGUUGCUUAAAUAUUUUAUAAACGUUUCUAAGGAGAAAGUUGUACAUUUUGGCUUUUCGUGUACAUUACAAAUGCAGUGUGCUUUUGCACCGUUUAUGUACAGUUCAUAAUAAAGCUAAUCUUUCUUUUUGUAUGAUCAUA